AUGAGUUUGGUGCGGUUGCAGAGUACGUUCUGUCAAGAGUCGUCCCAAAACUCUGAACCUCCCAUAUCUCGACUGUCAGAUUUCUUCAUUGGUCGGCCUUUGGGCAAUGGAAAAUUUGGCAAUGUCUUUCUUGCGAGAACGAGGAAGGAAGACUUCGUGUGCGCAUUAAAGAUUCUCUUUAAAAAGCAACUUGUCAAGUGUGGUAUGGAACAUCAACUGCGUCGGGAAAUAGAGAUAAUGUGCCAUUUGCGUCAUCCACAUAUCCUACAAUUGUAUACAUACUUUCACGAUGAAACCAAGGUGUACUUGGUAUUGGAAUAUGCGUUUUAUGGGCAGAUGUAUGCUCACUUACAACUUGAAAAGCGGUUUAGUGAGCGGAAAGCUGCCACGUAUGUUUAUCAAUUAUGUGAUGCCUUAAAGUACUGCCACUCGCGAUACGUAAUUCAUCGAGACAUAAAACCUGAGAAUCUCCUUCUCGGUUUCUAUAACGAACUGAAACUUGCUGAUUUUGGUUGGUCCGUUCAUGCUCCUUCACUCAGGCGUAGAACAAUGUGUGGGACAAUAGAUUAUCUUCCACCUGAGAUGCUUCUCGGUCAUUGCCACAACGAGCGCGUUGACCACUGGGCAGUUGGGGUUUUGUGCUACGAGAUGCUGAGUGGGAAUCCCCCAUUUGUACAUAAGGACACGAAGGAGACCUACGCCCGCAUCAAAGCCGUAAAGUACAAAUUCCCCUCCGUGAUUACCCCACUUGCACAAGAUUUAAUUUCAAAGAUCCUCGUUCUCCAUCCUUCGAACCGGCUCGACAUUGACUCAAUAAUUCAGCAUCCAUGGAUCCAGACCUACGCUGAGAAGGAGAAGCUCUCACCAUGA